AUGGUCACCACUCCAGAUGAGUUUGGGACAGCUUGGAAGGUGGCAGGCAGCGAUACUUGCAGCGAUGGGUGUGGCUCCUCCUGCCAACAAUGUACCAAUGAGCUCCAUGCUAGAGCUCAGUGUGAGGUGAUUCAGGCAGCCGACGGCCCGUUAAGAUUCUGCCAUGAGCACGUGGACCCGGCACGAUAUUUCAAGAGCUGUGUGUUUGACGUGUGUGUGUUGGGAGAUGAUUUUCUGUGCGGGGCCAUUCAAACAUAUGUCAGCGCCUGUCAGUCUGCUAAUGGUCGAAUCUACCCAUGGAGACAAAACACCACCUGCAGACCUGAGUGUCCCGCCAACAGCCAUUAUGAGCUGUGUGGUAGCGACUGUGGCCACACCUGUGCCAGCAGCAUGAAUGCCAGCUGCGGGCAGGUUUGCUCUGAGGGAUGUUUCUGUGAUGAAGGUUUCGUCAGGAGUGGGACGGGAUGUGUCCCUGUGGAAAGCUGUGGCUGUGAACAUGACGGCUCCUACUAUAAGGAUGGUGAGUCCUUCUGGACAGAAGGUUGCUCCCAGCAAUGUGAGUGCCAUGCUCCCAAUGACCUGCGCUGUUCUGCUGCAUCUUGCACUCCUGCACAAGAGUGUGCCAUCAGAGAUUGCAGGCUGGGCUGUUUUCUUUACAAUUUGACCACUUGCACCGUGUGGGGGGAUCCACACUACAUCACUUUUGAUCACAAGGCCUAUGACUUCCAGGGAACGGGAAAAACAUGUGGACUUUGUGGAAACUUCAAUGGAAAUCCAGAUGAUGAGUUCCGCAUCCCAUCUGGAAUGAUGGUCACCACUCCAGAUGAGUUUGGGACAGCUUGGAAGGUGGCAGGCAGCGAUACUUGCAGCGAUGGGUGUGGCUCCUCCUGCCAACAAUGUACCAAUGAGCUCCAUGCUAGAGCUCAGUGUGAGGUGAUUCAGGCAGCCGACGGCCCGUUAAGAUUCUGCCAUGAGCACGUGGACCCGGCACGAUAUUUCAAGAGCUGUGUGUUUGACGUGUGUGUGUUGGGAGAUGAUUUUCUGUGCGGGGCCAUUCAAACAUAUGUCAGCGCCUGUCAGUCUGCUAAUGGUCGAAUCUACCCAUGGAGACAAAACACCACCUGCAGACCUGAGUGUCCCGCCAACAGCCAUUAUGAGCUGUGUGGUAGCGACUGUGGCCACACCUGUGCCAGCAGCAUGAAUGCCAGCUGCGGGCAGGUUUGCUCUGAGGGAUGUUUCUGUGAUGAAGGUUUCGUCAGGAGUGGGACGGGAUGUGUCCCUGUGGAAAGCUGUGGCUGUGAACAUGACGGCUCCUACUAUAAGGAUGGUGAGUCCUUCUGGACAGAAGGUUGCUCCCAGCGAUGUGAGUGCCAUGCUCCCAAUGACCUGCGCUGUUCUGCUGCAUCUUGCACUCCUGCACAAGAGUGUGCCAUCAGAGAUGGCAGGCUGGGCUGUUUUCUUUACGAUUUGACCACUUGCACUGUGUGGGGGGAUCCACACUACAUCACCUUUGAUGGGGCUCUGGCUCAUUUUCAGGGCACAUGCUCUUACAUCAUUAGUGAGAGUGUGAGCCACGGCACCAAUGAAACCCAGUUUCAGGUGAUUGCCACCAAUAAUCACCGUGGCAACAACCGUGUCUCGUUUGUUUCAACAGUGGAUGUAUACCUCUCAAAUCAACCAGAGACUGUUAACAUCAGGAUUGGACCCAACAAAAGGAUAACGGUAAAUGGAAGUGAAGUGUCUCUUCCCACCACUGCAGGAACUUUAGCUCAGGUGGGAAGACAGGGAAGCUACAUAGUGGUCGAUGCCAUUCAUUUUAUAGUCCAAUUCGAUGGCUGGAGUACUUUACUGGUCAGACUGGACAGAAAUCAUCAAAACAGAGUCACAGGGAUGUGUGGAAACUUCAACAAUGACCCUGGAGAUGACAAAGUCUUGCCUAAUGGCACAUUGGCACAAAAUGACAAUGACUUUGGACACAGCUGGAAGGCACCCACAAGCAAACCAGGAUGUGGAUCCACUGAUGAUGAAAGUGGGGAUGGAACUAAUGACUGUCCCUUUAUGGAAGAAUACUCUGAGCUCUGUAGUGUCAUCACCAACACUAGCGGCCCAUUCAGUGCCUGUCACCUUCACUCUGACCCCCAGCCAUUUUUCAGUUCCUGUGUCUACGAUCUCUGCCUCUACACUACAGCCAAUGGCAUGUUGUGCUCUGCUGUCUCAGCCUAUGAGAGAACCUGCUCUGUAUUGGGGUUGAACAUCUCUGAAUGGCGCUCAGCUUUGCAAUGUGAUGAGUCAGACCCCUGUGAACAACUGAACUGCACAGAGUAUGAGUGGUGCGGUGAGAGAGACGGUGUUUACGGCUGCUACUGUGAUGAACACUAUUCUCGGCCCAACAGUGAGAGUUACGACUCUUUCAUCACUUGUGUGAGUAGUUCAGGCACACUAUCCCUGUCACGCUGUCAGCUGUUUGAAGCUGGCUUCCAUCCUACUGCCCUUCAUCUCCGAGAUGGUUCCUGUAAGGGGACUCUCCAGGAUGGACGACUAGUGUUCAAUUUUAACAAUGAUGACCAGCUAUGUGGGACGGUUCUCAGGAGCAAUGGGACCCACUUCAUCUAUGAGAACUCCAUCCAGAGCAAUGAAGACACAGACAUUGAGCUGGUUUUCUGCUGUGAAUACCCUCUGACUCAGGCCCUGUCUAUGGAUCUAGGCAUCAAUCCUGUAGAGAGCAUUGUGAAGAAGAAGCUCACAUCUGGCCAGGGUCACUAUCAUCUGAGAAUAAUCCCCUACCAGGACGCUGGCUUCCUCGUCCCCCUGACUGGAAAGAGGAACAUAGAAAUGGAAAUCGACCAGAGGUUGUAUGUGGAAGUGCGGGCUGAAGGAGUUGAUGAACGGCAAAUCUCCACCAUUCUGGACUCUUGUUGGGCCACACCAGUCAACAUCGCUGGCUACCCUGUCCGCUUGGAUCUCAUUAAGAAUAAGUGUCCUAAUUCAGAAGAUGGUUCAGUCGAGCUGGUUCAGAACGGUAUCUCCACUGUGGCCCAAUUCUCAUUCAGGAUUUUCACUUUUACCAAUUUUCCAUCCAUCUAUCUGCACUGCCAGGUCCACCUGUGUCUUUUGAGCAGGAGCAACUGUGCAGCUUAUUGCAACCCAGGUCACCACAGAGUUUACAGAGAUGUAUACUACCAUGACUCUAUAACGCUCUCACUUGGACCUCUGAUUGCCAUGCAGAGUACAAACUCGAAAAGAAUGAUGAAUCCUGCUGGAUGACCUUGUCAUGUUGGUGACUGCAACAGCUCUUCGAAUAUUAAGAGCUCACGUACAGUAAACAGAUGAAUAUAUAACCAACUAUAAUAUCAUUAUUAAAGGACCAUAGCUCUAUCAUGUAACUCUUUAUCCUAAGCUAUAUAACAAUCUCUUGAAUAUUGUUUUCCUCUGCAUAGUCAUAACAUAGAUUUUAAGAACUAAAUGAAACGUUAAUCUGUACGGUACAUGAUUGUUUUACAUGGAAGAUUGUAAGCCUUGAAAUAUUUAACAUAUCUCUCAAUGCUUCAUGUCUCACUUUCUGUAUGUAUCGAUUGUCAUGGUUGAGAUUAACCAUUCAAAUAAAUGAAGUAAUUGCUGUUAAUCUUUUUCAACAAGAAAAGUAAGAGAGUCCUACUUGCAAGACUAAGCCAUGAAGAGAGAAGUCUGUAUAAUCAUCAAACCACCCUUAAUAUGAAUUAAAGUUUUUAUUUAUUAUUAUAUUUGAUAAUUCUGAUAUUCAAAUUAAUUGAUUGCACCAACAAAGUUUGGUGCCCCUUUAAACCAUUUUAUAUCCCAACAUCAUAGAAAACACGAAAGUCAAAAUCAUGGCUUUGUUCUUGAAUUUUAUUUUCUUCUGCACAGAGUAAAGUUAAAUGACAAUCCAGCUUGUACAUGACUUUUGGUCUGGGCUGUGAUACACUAAUGGGUCAUGGAGAAUUUGAAGUCUUGAAUCUGUUAACUGACAACUUAAAAGUUACAAAUUAAACAAGUGGAGAAGCUUGCAUGCCUAAAACUAUCAUGCCUGAUCCCCAUCAAGGUAUUUUAGCCCCUAAUCUGAUCCGAGUCAUAUUAAUAGAGUACCUGAUACAGAGUCCCGAUCCGUUACUUGUAUUUUUUGCGCACUUCAAGUACAUUAAAGUUACUAAAAUCAAUCAAUUGCUUGACAAUUGAAUAGCUCUGCAUUGCAUUAAUACACUGUUCUUUGUUUUGU